CAGAAGAUCUUAUUUUCUGCAUCCAGCUCAACACGGCUUUCCACAGCCUACGUGCAGACAGACAUGAGCAAUCCCUGGUAAAGAAAGAGGAAGCUUCCUGAUCCAUUCAAAACAAGAACAGACUCCUGCUGGAGCCGGCGGAGGCGAUGAUGCUCCUGAAAAGCUUGUGCCUGGCCUUUCUCAUCCCGGUCCUGGUGGAGGCUCAGUAUGAGAAGUACAGCUUUAAAAGUUUCCCUCAGAAGGACAUCAUGCCACUGGAGUCUGCGUACGGCUACGCGCUGGAGCAGUACGGGGCGCAGAACUGGCGAGAGAGCAUCAAGUUCCUGGAGCUCAGCCUGCGGCUCCACCGGCUGCUGCGGGACAGCGAGGCUUUCUGCAGCCGCAACUGCAGCUCCGUCAGCCGGGACAACGACACCCUGUUCGCCGACAGCACCCUCCGCGUCGUGCGCCACAUCCUUCUGAGAGCUGCGUGCCUUAAAAAGUGCAAGGCGGGGUUCCCAGUCUUUAAUCUCGCAUACCCACGGAGGGAUUUACUGGAAGAUUUCGACAAAAGGAUACCGUAUCGGUACAUACAGUAUGCGUACUACCAGCUCAAUAAUGUGGAGAAGGCUGUGGCAGCAGCACACACCUUCCUGAAGAAGAACCCAACUGACCCGUAUUUGACCAAGAACAUGAACUACUACAAGACGCUGUUCGACGUUGAGGAGUAUCUCAUCGACCACGAGGAGCAGCCGUAUGAGAGUGUGUUCCUGAAGAGUGUGACGCUCUACAACAGCGGAGACUUCAGCGCCAGCGCCCGGCACAUGGAGCAGGCCAUCACGCAGUACUUUGAAAUAUACAGCCUCUGCUUAGCAGGCUGCGAGGGCUCAUACGAGAUCUUGGAGUUCAAGGACUUCUACCCCACACUGGCAGAUCUCUACACUGAUGUGCUGAAAUGUAAGGUGAAAUGCGAGGAGCACCUGACACCCAGCGUUGGAGGCUUCUUUGUGGAGAAAUUUGUCGCCACCAUGUAUCACUACCUCCAGUUUUCCUAUUAUAAAUUGAAUGAUGUGAAGAAUGCUGCUCCGUGUGCAGCCAGUUACAUGCUGUUUGACUCCAAAGACCAGGUGAUGUUGCAAAAUGUAGCGUACUAUCGUUUCUACCGGGAGCAGUGGGGCCUGGAGGAAAAAGACUUUCAGCCUCGGCCCGAAGCCCUGAGGUAUUUUAACGAGACAACCAAACAGAAGGAGAUGCUGGAGUUUGCGUUGAACUACCUACAGACAGACGAUGAGGACAUGGUAAGUCCAGAAGAAACGGUGGCCUCUCACUCAGAGAACCCUGACGCUGAGUUUGAGGGGAUGGGAGACUAUGAGGAGUCAUUCCUGGCUGAGUGGUGGCAGGAGCCCAAAACUAAGUGGGACGCCGGAGAGGUCGCAGACUGACCUCUGUCCUCGUCCAUGAACAGAAUGCUUCUUCAUCCAGCUCCGUCCCACCUGUCAUGACAACAUACCAAAGAAUGUCGGCCUCCCUACAGACGGACUGACACUCCCAUCAGUAUUUAACAGAAAAAGCUCAACUCGCACACAGCUCGUCUCUUCCGCCCAGCUGAAGAAUGAAAGGAUGAAUUCCUCCAUCAUGUUGAUCAAGAUCAGAGAUUGACAUAUUCUGUCUUGGCUGUCAUCAGCCUUUUAAAUCUGUUAUUUUCUAAAAAUGAGUCACUGGCCUGUAUGUCAACACUUGUCAAUGACUUUUCUACAGUUUUUAUUUAGUUUUUAUUUAAUGAAAGCUGAGUGCCUCUGUGCCGUGGUAUAAGGAAUCUGACAUGUAGCUUUCUUAUGAAAAUGACCAAUUGGGUUUUUGUUAUUAUAAUUUGGUCAUAAUUAAAAUAAUAUUUUAAUAUA